UGGUGGGGCUAAGACAAGCUUCCACAUGUUCUUUAGACGCUCUUCAGCCGGCCCAUGCCGACAUGAAGGUUCCAGAGAUCAGCCUGAAAAGCUUCUACAAGGCAGAGGCAGACAGCAACCUUGAGGACUUGUGGAGCAAGAGCUGCGUGCGAGAACUCGCCGAGGAACUUCGGAACGCUUGUGAAGAGGUUGGCUUUUUUGUUCUGACCGACCAUGGGAUUUGUGAUGCUCUGAUGGAGAGCUUGCGCAAAGAGUGCACGGCCUUCUUCAAGCGACCGCCGCAAUCCAACGUGCUGGGGAUGGUUAGCAGCACUGAUAGCCGCUUUCUGUGGCUGGACCAUGUGCCAUGUGAUGAUGGACCUGCCUGGUCCCUUGGCCCGGUGCAUGGACGGGGCAGCAUGCCUUGGCAACUGGAUCAAGAGGAAUUUGCGACGGUGUGGACUGCCUACUAUGCCGAGGUCGAAAAACUCGUUGCCCGCUUGAUGAGCCUCUUUGCAGUGGCGAUGCAUUUGCCAGCGACAACGUUUGACAGCGCAUUGAAGAAUCAUCGGUCUUCCAUGCGAGCUAUUCUGUACCCUGAGCUGGCUGAGGCCGACUUCGAGCAAACAAGCGAAGUGAUCCGUUCGCCGGAGCAUACUGAUUGGGGUUGUGUCACUGUCUUGCUCGCAGAUCCGGAAGUCUCAGGACUUGAAAUUUGCGACAAGGAUGGUGGCUGGACAUCAAUCCAACCGCAGCGGCAUGCUUUGGUGGUAAACCUCGGUGAACUUCUCCAGUGGUGGACUGGUGGAAAGUGGUUGGCUACCCCUCAUCGUGUCCUUGCCAGGCCAGACAGUGCCGGCGAACGCCUGUCGUGUCCGUACUUUGGCUUGGUAAACCGAGAGACCCUUCUUCAGCCUUUGCUUGCCGAGAGUGGCAAUCACGAAGGCAUCACAGCCGGCGAGUUCCUCCAAAACCAUGAGAGGUACCGUGCGUUGGCAGCUUUGACCGAAGAGCGUUGGCAGCUUUUGCGUUGAAAGUUUGGAGACUGUAUUGACUGCGUCCAUUUGGGUAGUGCCUUGAGCUGCCAUGUUUCGGCUUUUGCAUUUCUUUUUAUAGCACAACAGUGUUUCUUGAUUUGCAAACCGCAAAGGAGAAGGUGAGAGUUUAAUGUAUUGUUGGGUUUUUUGGUGGUAGUGGCACUGUCAACUUUCAUGACAAAUGAAGUCGACUAGGACCUUUUUGGAUCUGGCUGUAGUUGUCAAUACAUGCAGUAAUACAUGCUUUGAAGCUUUAUGGCAUCUCCCUUUGACUCCAGAUUCUUGACUACCUCUU